GCUUUAAAGCUUGCGCACACAGAAGAGAAAAAGGAAGGACACAGCAAGUUAAACACAAAAAGGAAAGCGAAACAGACGAGACAACGGGCGGUCUGGGUCAAUGCCGUUUGACCGUGAAUUUAACAAUUCAGGGUUAGAAAUGUAAUUAUACACACAAAUCCAUUACUCUAUCUGCCAGUGGUUAUUUAUUUAGGAUUCGCUUCUGUCGUUGUUGUUGCUCUGUUUUAAGGCCUUUGUGCUUGUGCUUCCCUCUUUUAUACAAGUUCUUGCUCUGCUUUCCGUCUUUUUAUCUUUAAAGGGAGAGACAAAGAAAACUGCAGAGUGAAGGAGAGGAUGAGAACGAAACGUGGGCUUUGUUACCCCAAACUACUAGAUCUUUGUUUAGACCAGAGUGUAGUCUUAAAGAAGAGAAGAGUUACCACCGGUGAACGGAAGAUGGCUUGCCGGAAAAGACCAAAACUUUUGCCGGACAAGGUUGGAGACUGUGACUUUUUCGAUGCUUUACCUGAUGAUCUUCUUGUUUCUAUUUUAUGCAAACUCAGCUCCACCGCUCGUUGCCCAACCGAUUUUGUUAACGUUUUGAUGACAUGCAAGAGAUUAAACGGCUUGGCUACGAAUUCUUUAGUACUUUCUAAAGCUUCUGAGAAAACAUUCGCUAUUAAAGCCAAAAACUGGUCCGACCCGGCUCACCGUUUCUUGAAACUAUGCGCCGACGCCGGAAACGUAGAAGCUUGUUACACUCUAGGCAUGAUUCGGUUCUACUGUUUAAAUAACCGAGGAAGCGGAGCGUCGCUCAUGGCCAAGGCCGCAAUUAGCUCUCACGCGCAGGCACUGUAUUCUCUGGCUGUUAUUCAGUUUAACGGCAGCGGUGGUUCCAAGAACGACAAGGACCUCCGAGCCGGCGUGGCUCUUUGCGCAAGAGCAGCUUUUCUUGGUCACAUCGACGCGCUACGCGAACUUGGUCACUGUCUCCAGGACGGUUACGGUGUCCGUCAAAACAUAGCCGAGGGACGACGAUUCCUCGUCCAAGCUAACGCUCGCGAGCUAGCAGCCGUGCUCUCGUCGGCACCUUUGCACGUUGUUGGCACGCGCUCGUGGCUCACGUGGAAUUCACUCGCACACGUACACCCUCACCCAGCCCCGCAACCACAAAAUCUCAACGGUCAGAUGACUGGGAUGGGAUGUCCGUUACUAAGUGAUUUCGGUUGCAAUGUGCCGGCGGCAGAAGCACAUCCGGCGAGCCGAUUUUUAGCCGAGUGGUUCUCUUUACGUGAUGGCACACCGGGACCGGGAUUAAGGUUGUGUUCUCACGUAGGGUGUGGGAGACCCGAGACUAGGAGACAUGAAUUUCGUCGUUGUUCGGUCUGUGGGGCUGUAAAUUAUUGUUCACGUGCUUGUCAAGCGCUUGAUUGGAAACUGCGUCAUAAAGCCGAGUGUACGCCAGUUGACCGGUGGCUUGACGAAGACGGUGAAGUUCAGGUUGAGGGUAAUGUCAAUGACGUUGAAGGAAACGGGGCUGGUGAUGGGGAAGAUGACGCCAUUGCUGAUAGUUAACGGUGAUGGAAUUUUAGACUGACGGAGAUGGUCACUGAACCGUUACCGUAACGGCAUCGGCACAUAAUAUGUGCUUAAUAGGUGUAAAAAAUGGCAAAAGAGAAACGGAGAAAAUCGAGGUCUGUUUUGGUGAAAAAAAUUAAGUUAAAAACUCUUAUUGUGGUCGUUGUUAGGCAGUUCGUGAUCUAAAGUUUUGUUUGGCCUUGUACGCAUAUAGGGCUAAAUCGGAGAAUUCAAAGGCUCUUUUUUUUUUUUUUUCCCAGAAUUCCUUAUUGUAAUAUAGAGCAAAUUUCAAUCUUAAAUUCGGUAACUUAAAAGUCAAACCCGUAAUUUCGAUACAAAAUUUCCUUUCGUUUAGUGGGAAACUAAGAAUUUGAAUGGCAGCACUAGACUAGAAAAUUGUGGGCAAUCAAUCAAUGAGCAACUUUGGUAGUCAAAAAGGCUUAGACCCAUCAAGAGAUUUGACCCAAAACAACCUAAGAACAUAAAAAAAAAAGUGAGAAAUGUAUAGUGGUGGAAGGGACGUGCAUUUUGAAAGUGGAGGAUGUAGUUAUUUUGAUAGCUUUAUGCCCCAAUACCCAAAAGAAAAAGAAAAAUAUAACUAAAAUAAUUUUGUGCCAGAAAAAGGCAUCUUCUGGUGGGGUGUACACUUAUUCUUUUACCAUGUUAUCAUAUCAUUUAUUCUUUUUCGAUUUCUUUUUUUUUUUUUUUUAAUUAUUAUUAUUGUAAGUAUCCAAAUUUAGAUGCGUUUCAAGUGGUCCAAGCCCAGCCCAUUUAAAGGCUGUAGUUGGAAUCCCAGCUGUGAUUGAAAAUAAUUUUAAGCAACUAACUAGUAGUUGCUGAUGAAAAGCAGCACAACUUCUGGUAAAAAAUUUAUAAAAGGGUUGACUUUGUGUUUGAGAUCUCUGUACCAGCAACUGUACUACAAAAUCAAGAUCAUUAUAAUUUGAUUUUCGUAGUAGCAGAAGAAAAUUGAGGUAGCUGUAAAUGCCACAGUUGCCCAACCAUCUGCACGUUUUAAUGCCUAAAGCCUGGAUGAAUUUCUUUCUUUCUUUCUUUCUUGUUUGGUUUGUCUUAUUCAAAAUAACUAAAAGGAAAAGUUGAGCCCAAUAGCUGAAAGUAUUAAUCAGUCCAUCGUCUGGGCCUGGGCUGAAGUUACAAUCUAAUCUUGAAUCUUCCAUCCAGACUUUCAUCAUCUGCUGAAUCUGUCUGUAGAGUCAUUACAAAGCCGAACACACUCGUCUGCUUAGCUACUCUCGAGUCUUGAGUUCUAAACAGGAAGAGAAAGUAGUGAAUAUGGGAUUUAUAAUGGAGUUUGCGGAGAAUUUGGUUCUGAGGUUGAUGGAGGAUCCGAAAGAGAGGGACAGGAAAUUUAGGGAGCGUUUGUAUGAGAGGAAAGAUAGGUGCAAGAAGACCAAGGAGAUGUGGAGCUAUCCACUGCGUCCGUACGGAUUCUGGACUUUUGAGAGACACAAUGCCCAGCUCCGUUGGGAUGCGCAGAUAAGCCUGGUGCCUGGUCGGAGGGACCCAUAUGAUGACCUUAUUCAAGACGGCUAUGAUACCACUGCCUCCAAAUAAUUUACAGGUUUAAUUUUCGGGUUUAUUUUGAUAUUUUCAGUUUUUGAUGUUGUGAUGCAAGGAAUAAAUUAAGUUUAAUGGUCAUAAAGUCAUGGCUUUAAUGAAUGGAGUUUGACCUUAUGUUUUCUUGCAUUUUCGUGGAACUUGAUCUGUGAUUACAUGGAAUACCUUCGAUUAUGUGCAAUGGAGUUAAAGGUGUAUUGAUCAA